GCCCCGGCGCAGCCCCCCGCUCCGGGCGGGAGAGCCCCGCGCUCCGCACAGGGUGACCGCGCAAGGGGAGAGGAUGUCGGACAAAGGGAGCAGCAUGGACGGGAAGACGGAUAUAGUGAACGGCAGCUUGUCCAGCAGCCCGGAGGAGAUGUCCGCUGAGGAAGGCCGGGAAACCUCCUCCGGCAUCGAGGUGGAGGCCUCAGACCUCAGCUUGAGCCUCACGGGAGACGACGUGGGGCCCAACCGCACCAGCACGGAGAGCCGGGACACGGACACGGAGAGCUCGGCCGAGGAGAAGGACUCGGACAGCAUGGACGACACGGGCCACUACUCCAUCACCGAGGAGAGCCGGGCGCACGAGCGCUCGCACUCGGAGGACGAGGAGGAGGAGGAUGAGGAGGAGCAGCGGGCGCGGCGCCGCACGCAGCGCAAGCGCGCCAGCCACGAGCAAGACUCCUCGGACGACGAGCAGGCCCUGGAGGACUGGGUGUCCUCGGAGACCACGGCGCUGCCGCAGCCGCGCUGGCAGGCGGUGCACGCGCUGCGCGAGCGCGAGCUGGGCUGCAGCGCCCGCUUCGUGUACGAGGCGUGCGGCGCCCGCGUCUUCGUGCAGCGCUUCCGCCUGCAGCACGGCCUCGAGGGCCACACGGGCUGCGUCAACACCCUGCACUUCAACCAGCGCGGCACGUGGCUCGCGAGCGGCAGCGACGACCUCAAGGUGGUGGUGUGGGACUGGGUCAGGAGGCAGCCCGUGCUCGAGUUCGAGAGCGGCCAUAAGAGCAACGUCUUCCAGGCCAAGUUCCUUCCCAACAGCGGCGACUCCACGCUGGCCAUGUGCGCCCGGGAUGGCCAGGUCCGCGUGGCCGAGCUCUCGGCCACGCAGUGCUGCAAGAACACCAAGCGCGUGGCGCAGCACAAAGGAGCCUCGCACAAGCUGGCCCUAGAACCGGAUUCUCCAUGCACUUUCCUAUCAGCAGGUGAAGAUGCUGUAGUCUUCACCAUUGAUCUGCGGCAAGACCGGCCCGCCUCGAAACUAGUUGUGACAAAGGAAAAGGAGAAGAAAGUGGGGCUGUACACGAUCUACGUGAACCCGGCCAACACCUACCAGUUUGCUGUGGGGGGCAGAGACCAGUUUGUGAGGAUUUAUGACCAGCGAAAAAUAGAUGAGAACGAAAACAACGGCGUGCUAAAGAAGUUCUGCCCGCAGCACUUGGUAAACAGCGAGUCCAAAGCUAACAUCACGUGUCUCGUGUACAGCCACGACGGGUCAGAGCUCUUGGCCAGCUACAACGACGAGGACAUUUAUCUCUUCAACUCCUCGCACAGCGACGGGGCUGAGUACAUCAAGAGGUACAAGGGACACCGCAAUAAUGCCACUGUGAAAGGUGUCAAUUUUUAUGGCCCGAAAAGCGAGUUUGUGGUGAGCGGCAGCGACUGCGGCCACAUCUUCUUGUGGGAGAAGUCGUCCUGCCAAAUCGUGCAGUUCAUGGAGGGCGACAAGGGAGGAGUGGUCAACUGCCUCGAGCCGCAUCCCCACCUGCCCGUCCUGGCCACCAGCGGCCUCGACCACGACGUGAAGAUCUGGGCGCCCACGGCCGAGAACCCCACCGAGCUGGCCGGCCUCAAGGAGGUCAUCAAGAAGAACAAGCUGGAGCGGGACGAGGACAGCCUGCACCACACGGACAUGUUCGACAGCCACAUGCUCUGGUUCCUCAUGCACCACCUGCGGCAGCGGCGCCAUCACCGGCGCCGGCGGGAGCGCGGGGCGCCCGAAGGCGACUCGGACGAGUCGCCCAGCUCGUCGGACACGUCGGACGACGAGGAGGAGGGCCCGGACCGGGUGCAGUGCAUGCCCUCGUGAGCGCUGCCCGCCCGGCCCCGCCACCACCGGGAGCUUUCAGG